UUUUGAUUUUGAUUCAGUUGUUGACGCCCACACCGAAUGCAUUUCCAUUUGCCCAGCGAGGCGGCAACAGCAACUGCAGCAACAACAACGACGAUCGUCAGCGACCUCAACAGCUACUAUACGGGCGCAAUUGCAAUCGAAACAGGAGCUGUCCCGGCUGUGGCACCCGUCAGCAGCAGCAGCAGCAGCAGCAUCAUCGACGGCGGCAGUCGCAGCAUGGUCACAUCAUCAGCAUCGCCAACGGGUACGGGCUGGUCAGCGCCAGCGGAAUAUAAGAGCGCCAAUACGGCUGUUGCUGCUGCCACCGCUGGUGGCUCAGCCGCCGCGGCGAUCAUGUGCGAGGUGUUGCCGUCGAGCAGUGCCAGUGUCGGCAGCAGUUCGCCAACAGGUGGCGCCAGCAAUGGCACCGCCAACAGUGCCAACAGUGGCAGUGGCAAUAAAAUCAAUAUCAACAACAACAACAACAGUAGUAACAACAAUAAUAAUAAUAACAAUACUAACAGUCGCAACAACAACAACAGCAACAAUGGCAACAAUGCAGUACAUCAGGAUUUGCUAUGGAUGGAGCGAUUUGUGCUCGAACGACAACAGGAAUAUCCCGGCGAAUUGGUGCGCACCAGCAAUCCGUACUUCCUCUGCUCCGCCCUGCCCUCUCACUGGCGCUCGAAUAAAACUCUGCCGCUGGCCUUUAAAGUGGUCGCCCUGGCGGACGUCGGCGAUGGCACCUAUGUGACCAUCCGGGCGGGCAACGACGAGAAUUGCUGUGCCGAGCUCCGCAACUACACAGCCCAGAUGAAGAACGGCGUGGCCAAGUUCAACGAUCUCCGCUUCGUCGGACGCAGUGGUCGAGGAAAGAGCUUUACGCUAACAAUUACCGUUGCAACAAGCCCGCCGCAAGUUGCCACCUAUGCCAAAGCCAUCAAAGUGACAGUGGACGGUCCCCGGGAGCCGCGCUCCAAGACAAGUCCAACAGGCGGUCCUCAGUACCGUGCUCUCGGCCUGGGCCAGCGACCAUUCAUCGACGGCUUCCCGAAAACGUUUCACGAGCUGGAAACGCUGCGACACUCGGCAAAGGUUGCGGCUGCUACAACGGCAGCGGCGGCUGCUGCGGUGUCGGUUGCAUCGGCUGGCAACGCGCUGACCACAAACGCGAGCAUUGCCCAGCAAUUGGGUAGCAAUUACUCAUCGUCAAAUAGUACAAUAAAUUCGGAUUGCCAGGGCUACAAGCCUAACGCACCACAAAUUCAAGAAACCGAUCUGAUAGGCGCCGCUGAGUGGACAGGCUCGGCCAGCUCCGGUGCUAACAUCGCGUAUCCGGUGGGCGUCGGAGUGGGCGUGCCCUAUCAUCAUGCCCACCACACCCACUCGCACUCGCACUCGCAUUCGCAUUCGCAUAGCCACGCGGCGCACCACCAUCACCACCUGCAGCAUCAGGUGGCGCUUCCACCCCCACCUCCGCCUCCGGCUGCUGCUCCGGUGCCAGUGCCGGUGCCGGUGGGGACGGCGUCGGCCAUGAACCACUAUAGCAGCGCCAUGAGCGGCUAUGAGACAACCACGCUGGACGCGGCCAACUACCACAUAUCGACGGUGCUUCCCGAGAUGCACGGCUUCUCCGCCGAUCCGUAUCAGACGGCCGCGGCCAGUGGCUACUGUGGCACCAGCUCCAAGUCAGAUCUAGAGACGCUCAACGCCAGCUACGGAGCGACGCCCACGGCGUACAACAAUGCGGCGGCCUGGUCGAAUGGCUACAACAACUACCAAUACGGCAGUUGCUCAGCAACGGCGGCCCAAUACGGCGGAGCCGCUGGCCAUGCCACGGCGCCGCCACCACCUGUCGUGCUAUAUCCACAACUCUACUCAACGGUCAACCAGAACCAGAUACAUCUGCACUUGCACAGCAGCGAGAAGCUGGAACAGUACCUGGCCACGGACCAACAGCUGACGAUCAGCUCGCUGGCCAGCAAUCGCUCGAGCAUCGAGAUUGGGCUGGGCACUGGCCUCAGCGGCGGCGUUUCGCUCGGCGAACAGGAUCAGCAGGCGGCCGUUGCCAUUGCCGAGCAGGCGGCCGAGGGCGCCAGCCAGAACAAUUAUCAUUUGCAUCAUCAUCAUCAUCAUCAACAGCAGCAGCAGCAGCAGCUCGAGGCGCAGCGGCAGCUCGAGGCACAGCACCAGCAACAGCAGCAGCAGCAGCACCAGCAGCAACAGCAGCAUCCAAGCGAUGUUAGCAAUGAGGCGGCACGCGAAGAGGAUGUCGGCGACAUGACGCAAGUCUGGCGUCCCUAUUGACCCGAUCUGAUGGCAGGGCCACUCCAAAGAACUCGCGCCUUUCUGCACAUAGAACUGAACUGAAAACCAAAAUGAAAAUGCAAUUUCUGCGUGUAUACUUUCUA